CCAACACAAUUUCGUUUAAUUCAACCAUGCCAAAAAAAUUAUAAAUGGUUCCGUAGCCCCAGUGCAAAGUCCCAUCGUGCAGGUUUUUAUCAUUUUAUGUAACAAAACCCCCGGUGGAAUUUUUCCCCACGAUUUGAACCGCAACGUGUUUGACAGUUGCAUCCUAACCUCAAAAUGUACAGAUCUACUUUUAGAACUUUGAACGUGUUUAGUAAUUUAUUUCGACACAAAACCUCCCUAAUUCUCACACGGAACGGCCCCCGAGUGCUGUUCAAGUCACCACUAGUCAUAAUUCAACAUCGGAAUUACGCCGAAGAUGCAAAAAAGCAGCCGGUCAAGUCGCCCCUCGGUAGUCUCAUAGCCAAAGAAACGAACGAGAAAGCAAAUUCGGAGGAAGAAGAAGCAAGAAAACAGCGAGAGGCGUCAUGGCGAACAAUGAAACUCACACUAAUCUUCUUCGGAGUGUCUUUCACGUGUUUGGGUUCGUACUUGAUUUUUGUCUUGGGGGCUCCGGAAAGAGACAGAGAGGGGCGCGUGAUCGAAGACGACUUGUCGCACUUGCCGCUGUGGCGCCAGUAUUUAAUGAGAACGUACCGGGAGUUGGAUAAUUACAGGAGGUUGAUUAAGGAGCCCUCCAGGGACAAGUUAUUGCCAGACCCCCUUCAGUACCCCUAUUUACAACCUAAAUAUACUCUUGUCUUGGAACUGACCGAUGUUCUGGUGCACCCCGAUUGGACUUACAACACUGGUUGGAGGUUCAAGAAGAGGCCAGGUUUAGAUUACUUUCUUGAGUCUCUUCAUGGACAUUUCGAAAUUGUUGUCUACACGGCGGAGCAAGGAAUGACGGUUUUUCCCCUGAUUGAGGCCAUGGACCCCAAAAACCUCAUCUCGUACAAGCUGGUGAGAGACGCGACGCACUUCGUAGGCGGGCACCAUGUCAAAAGUCUGGACAAAUUGAACCGGGAUUUGAGUAAAGUUAUUGUAGUGGAUUGGAAUCCGAAUAGUGUGCAGUUCCAUCCGGAGAAUCUUUUGAAAGUCAGGAGAUGGGAAGGGGCUGAUGAGGACUUGUCUUUGGUUGAUUUAUCGAUCUUUUUGAAGACGAUAGUUGAUAAUAAUAUUGAAGAUGUUAGAGAGGUUUUACUGUAUUAUAGCAAAUAUGACGAUCCGAUUGAAGCAUUUCGAGAGAAACAGAAAAAGUUGAUGGAGCUUUUGGAGGCACAAGGGGCGAAGAAAAAAGAACAGGAAGCUAAACCGAGACCGUGGGUGCCGACGAUUUUCUCAAGGAAGCAGUUCUAGUUAGAUUAAUUUAAGGCUUGUAAUUAUUUCGGUAAAAAUUAAAGUUUGAUAUGUAAAUAAA